GCAGACGAGCCCAUGCUCCGAAACUACUGAACCGAUUUCGAUGAAACCUUCACCAUUAGACGCGCCGUUGUCUGAAACGGUGCCGUUUUUUAUAAAAAAAAAAAUUUUAUUGGUCCACCCUAAGUGGUCCAAAUCGGUCGGACUUUUUGAGUCUUUAGCUUUAUUUUAUUGAGCUAAAGACGUCAAAAUAAUUGGCUAUUCGCUAUUCGGACCAAGUGAUCUUUCAACCUUGAUAAGUUUCGCUGCGUGGUAAUUGCCGCCAUUGCCGCAGCCGGUAGAAUUGUGUAUUUUGUUUGAGCAUUUCUGGAUUAUUUUUGCUGUUACCUGGCCUUAUAUUUAUUACAAAAUGAGUAAAUCAGUGAGGAGGAAGUAUGAUGAUGACUAUGAUGACGACAGAUCGGCCAAGCGCCGCCGGCUGUCGGGAGAUGCCGUCGAGAUUGAAGACCGUCUCGAGUCUCUCAUUAUCCGUGUUGGCGAGAGGAGUACAGCAUCUCUGGAGUCAAAUCUCGAAGGUCUCUCGUCUGUGCUGGAAAAUGAUCUGGUCAAGGCCAAAGAUAAAAUCCAAAGAAUUUUGGUGGACUGUGCGUCCAAGAUGCCGGAGCGAUCGUCUGUCUACUCGACUCUAGUCGGUCUUCUGAACGCCAAAAACUACAACUUCGGUGGCGAGUUUGCCGAGUCGCUGGUGCGCUGUCUGAAGGACAGUCUGAAGAUCUGCGAGUGGGACAAGGCGCGCAACUGCCUACGCUUCCUCUCUGACCUGGUCAACUGCCACGUGGUCUCGGCCUCGUCACUGAUGGCGGUCUACGACAACUUCCUGGACGCGGCCCUGGAGCAGGGCGUGCCACAGGUGCGUACCGACUGGCUGGUGUACGCUGUGCUCACCUGCCUGCCGUGGGUGGGCCGCGAGCUGUUCGAGAAGCGCGAGACGGAGCUGGACCGGCUGCUGGCCACCGUCUCCUCCUACCUGGACCGGCGCAGCAAGAAGCACGUGCCGGCGCUGCGCGUCUGGUCCGGCGACGACCCGCACCCGCAGGAGGAGCACCUCGACUGUCUGUGGGCGCAGAUCUCCAAACUGCGCGCCGACAAUUGGCAGGAGAAGCACAUCCUGCGACCGUACCUGGCGUUCGACUCGAUCCUCUCGGAGGCACUGCAGCACAAGCUGCCGGAGAUCAAGGCGCCGCCGCACCACGCGUCCAACGUAUACCCACAGCCGCGCGUCGUGUUCCGCAUGUUCGACUACACAGACUGCCCCGAGAACGGCCCGAUUCUGCCCGGCUCUCACAGUAUCGAGCGGUAUUUGAUCGAGGAGCACCUACACCAUAUUCUGGAGGUGCACCACAACGACCGCAAGGAGUGCUCUGCGCAGCUUCUCAACUUCCCGCACAAGACCAAGAUCCCGCUGGACUACAUGAUUGUCGAGGUGAUCUUUUCUGAGCUCUUCCAGAUGCCGGCACCCAGGUAUUUGGAGAUCAACUACGGCUGUAUCCUGAUCGAGCUGUGUAAGCUGCAGCCGAGCACCAUCCCGCAGGUGUUGGCGCAGGCCACAGAGAUCAUGUUCGACAGGAUCGACACCAUGAACGUCUCCGCCUUCCAGAGGUUUGUCGGCUGGUUCAGCUACCACCUGAGCAACUUCCACUUCCGAUGGCAGUGGUCCGACUGGGCCGACUGUCUGGCGCUCGACCCCGAGCACCCCAAACCAAAGUUUGUCCGCGAGACGUUCGAAAAGUGUCUCCGACUCAGCUACCACCAGCGGAUUCAGGAGAUGGCCGGCCAGGAGUUUGCCGCACUGGUGCCGGUGGAGACCAAGCCGCGGCUGCGGUAUCGAGAGGAGGGCGCCGGCUCCCUCCCCGGCACCAUGAUCGCCCACCAGCUCAUGUCGGCCAUCAAGGAGCGCUGCUCGCCCGAGGAGGCCAUCCGGCUCCUCAAGGAGCUCCACAAUCCGCUGAAGACGGCCGACGACGACGCCGAGCCCACGCACAACCCGCUCAAGAUCGAGGUGUUCACGGAGACUCUGCUGUUCGUCGGCUCCAAGAGCUUCUCACACGCGUUCGCCGCCAUAGCCAAGUUCCAUUAUGUGUUUAAGGUGCUGGCGGAGACUGAGGAGGCCCAGAUCUGCGUGCUGCGGAGUCUCUACAACGUGUGGAGGGACCACCCGCAGAUGAUGUGCGUCCUCGUCGACAAGAUGCUCAAGACGCAGAUAGUCGAGUGCUCAGCAGUGGCCAACUGGAUCUUCUCGCGGGAGAUGAACGCCGAUUUCCUCAAGUCCUACGUGUGGGAGAUCCUGAACCUGACCAUCCGCAAGAUGAGUCAGCACGUGCACAAGCUGACGGUGGAGGCGGCCGAGGCGCGCGCGCGGCUGCACCACGACUCUGGCGACGACUCGGACAGCGACGACGACCGGCGCGACCGGCCCAGUGACGAGCAGGUGGAACGCAUGGAGGAGCGCCUCGAGCAGGCCCAGUCCGACCAGAAGACGCUUUUCCUCAUCAUCUUCCAGCGGUUCAUCAUGAUCCUGUCGGAGCACCUGGUGCGCUCCGACACCGACGGCAAGGACUUCCGCACCCACUGGUGGAAGUGGACCUUCGGCCGGCUCCAGCAGAUCUUCAUGCAGCACAACGAGCAGGUGCACAAGUACAGCCAAACGCUGGAGACGCUGCUGUUCACCCAGGACCUGGACCCGCACGUGCUGGACGCCUUCCACCAGUUCCUGGCGCUGCGGGACUGAGCGACCCGGCCUCUCCGGACCAGGUGCUGUCCCCGGUCCCCCGGAGCACGCGACCGUUUCACCGCCCCUCGCGUUACCCGACAGCUGUUCUUAGUGUUCCUUUUUAUUGCGGCACGCUGCAGUUAUAUUUGUUUACCGACUGCGCUACAUCCCAGGGUCGUUCGCUGAAAAAGCGACCGUGGCUGACGGCUCGUGGCAACCACCGACGUAGUUCAUCCGUUUGUUUGGGCUCACAUAAUUGUUUUGUUUGGCUUUCACGUAGCGUCGUAAAUUUGUGACCAGGUGCGGGCACGGCGAGUUUGUAAAGCUCUGUGACGCGUUGCCAAGGGUCAAUGAUACAAGGGUGAACGCUGUGACGGGGAUAGGGGAAAGCGAGACAGCCGUUUGUGCGAUAUAAAUGCGUUCCCUUGAGUGAGGUUGCCACUCACUCGCGGCACCACACCGGACAGUAUAUUAACCUCGACUCGGCUGACGCCAUGCGGCGACGCGAUUCAACGAGCACACUCUCGUCAAGCGUGGGAGUCUCCCUGUGUGCGAGAUCUUUGGAGGCGAGGUCCCCAUUGGAGCGAGGUCUUACCACACCGGGGCCGCGGCGGAGCCUGCCGUUGCACGCAGCGGUGCCAGGAAUCUGGGGAGGCGCGCCGGCUAUGUUUAGCGCCGCCGGCAGGCCCGCCUGUGUCGCUGUCGGCGGCUGCGGAUGGGGUUCGCCCACCAACAGGUGCCACCGACCCGUGAACGGCCAGCCGGGGGGCGUAGGACCGAGCGCGAGUCUUCAGUGACGUGGCGUUGUGAGGCGAGAGUGUGAGAGCGUAAGCGUUUGUGGUGAGAACUGCGUCUGGUGGGGGCGGCGCUGGAGGGAGGAUACUGCUGUGAAAGGUGGGAGGGUUGGUGCCAACUUCGGCGCCCGUAGUUCGAACACAUCAUUGAACUUUCAACACAUUCAUCAUACCUGAGACCGACUUCCGAUGAAUAAAUAUCAGCGGAGGCCGUA